GGAUUUGUUGAUUUGGGGAAAAUCAUAAUUUCCAAUCCUUCUUUGUCGACGAUUUCCUCCCACGAUUCUGUUCGUAAUAUGAUUCCUAAGAUCUGGAAAGCUGCUGAAUUCAUGUUUCCUCUGUGCUGGAAUCAAAAAGAUGUAGCCAAUAUGGAUCACAACACUUUAAAACUUAGCUCUGCUACGACGAGUAAAGCUCCCGAGAAACUCGUCUUUCACAACGAUUCGUCCAAGGAAAUCCAGGUUCAAAACGACAGUAGAGCGACGGCAACUCUAGAAACCGAAACCGACGAGCAAUUCGUGAGAGGGUUCUUAAACGAGCAGACGAAGAUUUGA